AUGAAAGCCAACGGAAAAAUAGUGAACGAAAAUGAGCAGAAAAAGACGGCAAACCCGGGAACGGGUUUAAUGGGUUUAAUCGGAUUCAUGUCAAACGUCUUUCUUCUGCUAUCGAUCGUCGACUCAAUCGUACAUAUGGUUAAGGAAGAGGAUUACAGACUCAAUGGAUCCAAAGAAAUCAAAAGAGUAUACAUCAUAUUAUCAUCAUUUGUAUACUCAAUAUCGUUGUCUGUUAUACUGAUAUUGUCGUGUCUGGUCGUGGAUUUUAAUAACAGUAGCAUUAGUUUGAUUUGUCACAUAAUCGCCAGCUUUCUAGGUCUGGCCCUAUCCAUCAAACUAGUGAUGAAUAGAUAUGGAAACGGAAAGACAACUUUGGCUAAAGUAUUGAAAGUAUUUGAUGCUAAUAUACUAGCAAUUGGCACACUGUUCAGUGUUAUUUUAGCCGUUGUUAUCGGUAUUAUACUGAGAGAAAUAAAUGGGGGUUGGGAUCCCCGGUCUAUCAAAUACGUGGGAUUUAUCGGCGAAUUAUUCCUACGAAUCCUUAAGGGUUUGGUUUUGCCGCUAAUAUUCACGAGUUUGGUGUACGCUAUGAGCGACAUCGACACCAAACUGUUUGGAAAGAUAGGUUUCCGGACGGUUGCCUUUUAUCUGGCGACAACAGUUUUGUCCAUUAUUUUGGGCAUAAUUCUGGUGAUGACUAUACAGCCGGGUAUGAAGGGUGAUAAGGAUAAGGAGGAGUUCGAGAAGAAGGACAGUGCAAAACUGACUACUAUUGACACCAUAUUAGAUCUGAUCAGGAAUUUAUUCCCCGAUAACUUAGUUGAGGCAACGUUUGCCUCAUACACAACAGUCUUAACCCCUCCGAACGGAACCGAUGGCGAGGGUAUUGAUAUGAAUAAGUGGACCAUCGGUUCGGCUAAGAAUGAUUCAAUGAAUAUUCUGGGAGUCGUUGUGUUUGCUGUGGUUUUCGGUGUCAUAAUCGGUCGCAUGAGAGAUGAGGCCCAAGUUGUGGCCGACUUUUUCAAAGCUUUCAAUAACGCAAUGAUGGCUCUGACUGUCGUUAUCAUACAAUUGACUCCUUUAGCCGUUUUGUUCCUCGUUUUGCCCAAAAUCCUUGAAGUCGACGAUUUGAGUGACUUAUUGGGAAGUGUGGGCUGGUACACCCUUACCGUGAUCGGGGGCAUUGCAAUCCAUGGGCUCAUUAUAUUACCGCUAAUUUAUUUUGCACUCACCCGUAAGAAUCCAUACGCUUUUGUGUCGCAAAUGUCUGCGGCUAUGAUGACGGCCUUUGGCACCGGGUCCUCGACGGCAACUAUGCCGGCAUGUCUUCAAAACAAAUUUUUCAUUAUUAUUUUAUUUAUUGUCACUUUUGAAUGCCUCGAAAAGAAUCUGGGAAUUGAUAAGCGAAUCGUGAGAUUCUGUAUACCCGUCGGCGCCACCAUUAAUAUGGACGGAACGGCACUUUACGAAGCGGUGGCCGCUAUUUUCAUCGCACAAUACCGGGACGUGGAGUUGGAUAUCGUUAAGAUUAUUGUGGUCGCCAUCACAGCCACCGCCGCCAGUAUUGGUGCCGCAGGUAUUCCACAGGCUGGUCUGGUGACCAUGGUCAUUGUGCUGAACGCUGUAGGACUGCCAGCAGAGGACGCGGCGCUCGUUAUUGUCAUCGAUUGGCUCAUCGAUAGGUUCCGAACGGUUCUCAAUGUUUUAGGCGAUGCCUAUGGGGCUGGUAUUGUGUCUCAUAUGAGUCGCAAAGAUAUUGAAGAGUUUGACGCCCAAGAAGUGGUCAAUAAUAUUACUCCAAUAAGUGAUCUUUAA